UUUAUUAAUUUCUUAAUGGGAUCCUCUUCCUCCAAAUAUCUUCCGAGUUAUUCGGUUGGUACUUCUGGGCAACGAAUUCCUGACUCAAACUGUGAUUGGGGCUCGAAAUGCAUUUGUCCCAACAACGAGCACUCGUAUUCUGGCGAGUAUCUGAAUAAUUUGAGGUUGGCCCAGAAGGAGAACACGAGUACCCGAAAUUAUCUCAAAGCUUGGUUUGAGAAAAUGGAAGUGGAGCCUGGUGAAGAGGUGGAGUCCAAAUACGACGAUCGAGUCCCCACACCAGCAGAUCUGAGAUUCUUUGGAGGAGACGAAUCUGAUGAGGAACCCAAUCACUCUGAUUCAUUCGACCUAUACUAUGUGGGUGAGUGUGAGAACACAACUGCUGGUCCAGAGGUUUCUGAUGGGCAAUGUUCGGUUUCGUCCCCAAACGUGAAGGAAGAUGAAAUAAAAAAAAAAGCCACCUAAGGGUGUUGAUGAUGCUUAGAGAUAACAUUUUGGGUUGCCUCAUCAUCAUCAUAAUCUGAAUCAGAGUUCGUGCCGUCUCCUUCAUCAUCGGAAAAACCGAGGAACUCGUCCUCCUCUUGAUCUGAAGCCAUUAAUGUCCCCUUGCUGAUUAAUUGUAGUGCAUU